AGUAAGUGUACUAGCCUGUAGAUCACAGAGAACUUCAUAAGCGGCUGUUGUUCUUUCCGGGUCAGGUAGUUUAUGGGUCGGAUUUGAUUACAACUGGAAUUUUGUGUUGGUUUAUCUCGUUAAAGACUUUUUGGUUAAUAGUAAACCAGCUAGCAUUAUGGUAUAUGGGUAAUUAGAUUUCGGACUAUUGAUUCGGGAAGAAAUAAAUUUGAAACUUUACAAGUUUAUAAUUUACAAUUCAGUGAGAUAUAGCACUAAGUCAUAAUUUGGUGGGGAUUUGAUGUUAUAUAAUAGUUAUGAAGGGAAAAUAGAUCGUCUUCUCUAACAAGUUUGGAGUUGCUCACUGCUCGGGGUGCUCAACCACAUUAAAGACAACUUAUAACACUUCUGGUAUCUAUGGAGUUUUGUGUCACUCCAAAAAUAUUUUCCUAAAGUUUCAACAGCCUUAUUCUUAGCUUCUGAAUUUUGCUGCUAAGCCUAAUUCUUGAUACCUGGCAUUAAUGGUCUUCCUUGUAGGAGGCACAAACAUAUGCUCAGAAGAACGGUUUUUUUUUUUCAUGGAAACUUUAGCGAAAACCGCAACUAAUUUCAAAGAGAUAUUUUAUGAGAUCGGUGAGCUUUCGUGAAAAUCAACUUUAAACAAUUUUUUUUUUUUUUUGCUUCUAGUACUAAAUUCCGUUAUACCUUAUUUUUAUUUUGGCCGGAAGAAGGUUACCACGGUAACUAUGGAGAUAUAGUGUGUCUGUAUAUCUUUGCUUUGUUUUGCUUGUGGACUUUUAAUUAAUCACUAGAUUUUGACCCGCGCUCUGAAGCGCGGGUUUUUGGAUUAUAAAAAAAAAUAUAAUUUGAUAUGAAUUCUCAUUUUGAGAUUGUUUUGCAUUAUUACGUUACAUAGUCGUAUUAUAUCAAAGAAGAAUAUUUAUUUAGAUUUAAUUAGCUUAUUUGAGAUUCUCUAUGUAUAUUUUUAUGUAAAUUUCUAUUAGGCAUAUGUAAUUUAUCCGAACCCAAAAAUUUGAACCAAAACUGAUCCAAAAAUAUAUAUUCAGUUUGGUCAAUUUCUAAAACAAAGUACUUAUUGGGUAUACUUUUGAACCCGCGGGUCUCGGUUAUGUCCGAGUUUUAUCUGAGACUCGAUCGGCUAAACAAAGUACCCAACUGUUUUGUGUAUAUUAGGCAUAUCUGGAUAUUUAAGAUUGGUAUUAUGGAUAUUUUAAGUUAAAAGGUGAUGCUAUCAAAAUUUACUUAUAUAUUUCAGGUAUUCAAGUAAAAUUUUGGAUAUUUUAUGUUUUUUAGUUCAUAUUUUGGGUAAAGUUUUGGGUUAUAUAAACUAUUUGAACUUUUAAGAGUUUUGUUUGAGUUUUCAAAAAAAUUCAUGUUUCAGUUAUUUUUGUGUUUUCGGGUAAUUCGAAUCUUUUCAGAUUUUAAAUAUUCAAAUCGGUCAGACCCGUCAUGUAACCAAAAAUUAUAGUUAUUUGAAUUAGGAAUCUGAACCGAUCCGGAACCAACCCGAAUCCGAACUGAAAUUUUUAAAUAUCUAGUUGGUUUAAAUGUCUAGGACAUAAAAGAAAUCGAUCCAACUCGGCCCGAAGACCCAAAUAUUAAACUUUACUCUCUCUCAUUAUAUUUGGUGUGCAUUUUAUAAUAUUUUUAUUUGUUGAGUUGAUAAGACUUAAGAUUUAUUUAGCAUAUUUUUUUAAUUUAGUAUUGCAAUCCCAAAUAUAUAAUCUAAUAACAUAAUAUGAAACCUUCUAUAUUGUCCACAAUGUCUGAUAUAAUUUGUUUUGUUAAUAGUGUUGAUAUUGGUAUAGCACGUUAGUUAACGGUAGAUGUUAUAAGUUGUAGAUCCUAUAAAGAUCAAUUACGUUUGGUAUUAUAUGUAGAUAAAAAAGUGGAUCCAAAAAAAUAUUAGAAUUAAAAGAGAGAUUACAAUAUAUUUCUAAAUGUUGGAAAAUAUUAUUUGGUUGCUAUAUAAUAGGAGUUCAGUUAUAAUAUCUAGUUAUAUAUAAUAGGUUGGACUAAAAAUGAAAGGGUGCAGUAACCUUGUAUAAGUAGAUUUUUUAAAACUGCUUCUCUUUUAAUAGAAUAGAUUGAAAAAAUGUUGUAGAUGAAUAAAGUUCAUAUUGCGAUAUGAUUUCUACGUCAUUUGGGACUAUGGAUCCAAUAUUCUAAACAUAAGUAUUUUUAAGUUUUUGGGACUCCGGAAUAUUCCUUUUUAAUGAUACCUGCUAAACUACUCAAAUUUUAGUAUGGGUUUAUCUGUGAGAAAUUUGUUUUGUAGAGAGAAGAUAGAGAGAAAUAGGAAGAGGAAAGAGGAGAAAAUGUGUGAUUUUGUUAGAUAAUGAAUUUGGGUUUUUUUUUGUGUACAUAGAGGCAAAAUUUUCCUUUUGGGAACUCUUAAAAUAAAUUUUAAACCAUGUUUUUAAAACCGGAGCGGAAUCUGAACCAUAUAUUUUUUGGAUACGGUUUACUAUGGUUUGACUGGAUCAAACAUGGUUCAAUAUUUUUUAAAUAUUAAAAUUUAAAAGUAAAGUUGAUAAAUAUGAUACAUAAGUUAAAAUAUAAAUAUAUCAAUUACAAAACAUUAUAUACAUAAACUAUUUUUGUUAAUAUAUUUAGUUUAUAUAUUUUUGAUAGUUCUUAUGAUUUUUAUAAAGUUCAUCUAAUCCAACUAUUUGACCGGUACAUGGUCGAACUAGUUAUUUGAUCUACCUGGCUAUGUGACCGGUUCAUAGUCAGAUCUGAUUCAAUCAUGGAAUUGGUCCGGUUUUAAAAACACUGAUUUUAACUCUGUCAUAAGGUUUCUUAUAAAAAUAGUGAAGAUUCCGAUAUGUCUUUACUCCAGAUCUCAAUGUGCGCUACCUGUGACCAUCGUGCAUGACACUUUGCUCAGCCCGUUAGAAAAAAAAACAAAGUUUACUAGCACCGAGAAACCAAAAUUAUGAUUUUUUAUUAUUUUUAUGUAAGUCCCAUGUUUUAUUAAAAAUUUAUUAAUACGAUUACACGAAGGAGAUCUGAAUUUCAAAUCCUAAAAAGACGAAUUAUGCAAUAUUAACUGAGAAAAUUGCAAUAUUAACUGAGAAAAUUUUAAAAGAGAUCUUCAUAAUAAGGUAAGUAGUAUCAUCAAUGCAUCUUAUAAGACGAUUCAAGGUAAUGUUGUCAAACGUGAUUCUACAUAAAACAAAUAGAAUUGUUAGUUGUAAAGUUAUUCAAGUAGAAUUGUUCGUUUGACAAACUGCAAUUCUGAUUUCGGUGGAUCAAGUGCAUUAUUUUCAUCAUUUACAUAUUCAAUUUAUUUUCUGCUGUUUAUUGAUUUCAACUGUUCUCUGAAAUUGCAGAGAUGUUCUUAGGAUAAAUUUGAGCAUAUCACUAGCUCAGAGACAUUUUUACUAAGGCUUAUGGUUACUUUCAUUUUAAUAUUUUUUCUAAGUGAGGUAUUUAAAAUUUUCACACACUCGAGGGAGGGUAUUAAAAAAUGAUAUUUCCAUUAUGUUUAUUGGAUAAUCUCCAUUUAUGUUUUCAAUUUUUUUCAAUUUAUUAAAUAUGUCUUUCAUGUCUCUUUAGAAGACGAUUUAUUAAACAUGUUGUUGAAUAAAAUAUUUGUCUACAAAUACAUUGUAAAGGUGAACACUGUAAAUAAGAAAGUAGUCAAUAGCUUCUCUCCUUACAUAUCCAUAUUAUUGCAGGAAAAAUGGAAACUAUAGCAGUUUUUGGUUCAAAACUUGGAUUUCAUCUUUCUCUUCCUUCUCGGAACAAUUUAUUUCUGCCUCCGAUAUUCAAAUUCCACGGCUUUCCCCUGACGGCAUUUCCAGAUAAGCCUAGACAGCAUGUUUGUUUGAAGACCACUACUAGUGCUAGUCCGACCUCUGAUGGUCAAUUAAGUAAUCGCAAGUUCAAGAAGUUGCCACCCUCUGAAUGGACUGAUCACUUUCACUCGGUUCCCCUUGAUGUCUCUGAAAUGGAUGCGCUCAAGAGAGAGAUUGAGACACUAAAGCCCAAAGUGAAGAACAUGUUCAUGUCUUCCCAAGGCACUGAGAGAAUCCUUAUGAUAUAUUUGCUGGUGAGCCUUGGUCUUGCAUACCACUUCGAGGACGAGAUCUAUGAUACUUUAAAAGAGAGUUUCACAAAGAUAGAGGAGAUGAUGGAUAAGGAAAACGAUUUGUACACAGUUUCCAUAAUUUUUUGGGUUUUCAGGACAUACGGUCACCACAUAUCUUCUGAUGUCUUUACAAGAUUCAAAGAGAGCAACGGAGACUUCAAAGAAAUUCUUAAAGGGGAUGCCAGGGGUAUAUUGAGCUUAUAUGAAGCUGCGCACUUGCGGACGACGAAAGAUUAUAUACUGAACGAAGCGUUGAGCUGCACAUCGAGCCAUUUGGAGUCAUUAGUUGCAGGUGGGACAUGCCCGUCUCAUCUUUCAAUGCAUAUACAAAAUGCUUUCUGUCUGUCUCAGCGUUGGAACAUGGAGAUGUUAGUCGUUGUGGAAUUUAUUCCAUUCUACGAACAAGAAAAUCAUGACGAGAUGCUACUCAGGUUUGCUAAGAUCAAUUUCAAGUUACUGCAGCUCCAGUACAUUCAAGAAGUCAAAAUCCUUACGAACUGGUACAAGGAGGUAGAUAUUGCAUCAAAGUUGCCACCUUACUUCAGAGACAGACUCGUCGAAAAUCAUUUCUUGAUACAAGCAGUUUUCCCCGAGCCACAAGUCUCACGUGCAAGGAUUAUGUUGACUCAGUAUUACACCAUUUUAGGGAUUGUAGAUGACACAUUCGACAGAUAUGCGUCUCUUCCUGAGGCUGAAAUCCUUGCCGAUAGCUUGGAAAGGUGGUCUCCCGAUCAUGCCAUGGAUAAACAACCUGAAUAUUUGAAAGCCGUCCUAAACUUAAUGUUGGAUACUUUCGAAUAUUUUGAAAAAGAACUUAGGCCGGAAGGAAAACCGUACAGUGUGGAAGCCAAUAUAGAAGAGUUCAAGGCAGUUGUGAAAGCCAACUUUGAACAUGCAAAAUGGGCACAUGCAGCUCACCUGCCUAGCUUUGAGGAGUACAUGGAGGCUGCUGAGUUGGAGAUCACAGUGUGUGCAGUUUUGGGUGGUUGUUUCAUGUCUCUGGGAAAAAUGGCUACCAAGGAAGCUUACGAGUGGCUUAAAUCGAGACCAAGACUGGUCAAAUCUUUAUGUGUUAGAUGUCGUCUUAUGAAUGAUAUAUACGGUUUAGAGGAAGACAUGAGUAGAGGACUGAUCACGAAUGCGGUCAACUGUUAUAUGAAGCAAUAUGGAGUUACCAAACAAGAUGCUUUAAGAGAGCUUCAUAAAAUGGUUGCAGAUACUGAUAACAUAAUAAAUGAGGAGCUCUUGACGACAACUUGUGUGUCACGUUUGGUUCUCAAGACAUUUACGGGUCUUGCACAAUCGAUCACCGUCUGCUACAAUGGAUAUGAAGGAUUCACUUUUCCCGAAGGAAAAAUCAAGGAGUACAUGACUUCUGUGUUUGUCGAUCAGAUUCGUCUUUAGCGUUGUGGCCUAUGUUCUUGGUUUCUUUUUACAAGGCUAUGUGUUGGGUUUCUACUGUCUGAUAGUUAGGUCGGUCACUCUUUAAAUUUACCAACAAUGUUUUUUCUUUAAGGUAUUGUCCGUUAA